AUCAUGGCGUCCGCCGCGCCCGAGCCCAUCGCGGAGCUGGAAUGGAACUUCAGCCAGGUGUUCGGGGAGAGGACGCCGGGGGAGGAGGUUCAGGACGCGGACGUGAUCAGCGCCGUGGAGUUCGAUCGCACGGGCGAGCACCUCGCGACGGGCGACCGCGGUGGGCGCGUCGUCCUCUUCGAGCGCAUCCACCCGUCGAAGGCUGCGGUCGAAGCGAUGCGGUCGCGCGCGGGCCCCGACGGCGCGACGCCGCCCGCGCCGGUGGAGUAUCGAUACCUGACCGAGUUCCAGUCGCACGAGCCGGAGUUUGACUACCUGAAGUCGCUCGAGAUCGAGGAAAAGAUCAACACGCUGCGAUGGUGCCAUCAGGCGCGUUCUAUCUCACACUGGUUCCUGAUCAGCACGAACGAUAAGACGAUCAAGCUGUGGAAAGUGUUCGAGAAACAGAUGCAGUGCGUCGCGGAUUAUAACUUGGACGCGCACACGCGGGAUAACGGCCGGGAUAUGAGCGUUUUCGGACCGGGCAAGGGUGGCGGCGGCGGCUCGAACAGAGCCUCGCCGGCGGCUCCCAUCACGCCGGAGAAGUGUCACGACGCGGGCGCGACGACGACGAGCCCCAACCCCAAGGGUCCCAACCGCCCGUCCUUCGCGGGCCCGCUGAAAAUCCCGAGCGUUCGCGCCGCGGACGUCGUCUUCAGCGCGCGGUGCAGGCGGCUGUACAGUAACGCGCACGCGUAUCACAUAAACUCUCUCUCCGUCAACAGCGACUGCGAGACGUACAUCAGCGCGGAUGACUUGCGCGUCAACCUGUGGCACCUGGACCGCCACGACGCGAGCUUCAACAUCGUGGACAUCAAGCCGGGGAACAUGGAGGACCUCACGGAGGUGAUCACCGCCGCGGAGUUCCACCCCGGGUCGUGUAACUUGUUCGCGUACUCAAGCAGUAAAGGGUCGAUUCGGCUCGCGGAUAUGCGGUCCAACGCGCUGUGUAACGCGCACUGUAAGCUCUUCGACGAGGCGGAGCCGCCGGGGGCGCGGAGCUUCUUCUCGGAGAUCAUCGCGAGCAUCUCGGACGUUAAAUUUUCGCGCGACGGUCGAUACCUUCUCGCGCGAGAUUACCUCACGCUGAAACUGUGGGACAUCAACAUGGAGCGCGAGCCGGUGGCGACGUUCAAGGUGCACGAGCAUCUGCGGUCGAAGCUCUGCGACCUGUACGAGAGCGACGCGAUCUUCGAUAAGUUUCAGUGCUGCCUCUCGCGCGACGGCUCGAGGCUCGCGACGGGGUCGUACGGGAACCAGUUCCGGACGUUUGAUUCGCACAGCGGCGGGACGGACACGCUCGAGGUGACGAAGAAUCCGCAGCGGUUGCGGCGGUUGCGGCAGCAGGGCAUGGCGGCGGAGGGCGGCGCCGACGGGAAGAAGGCGGCGGCGGCGGCGGCGGCGGCGGCGGCGGGCGCGGGCGCGGGUGUCGGACCGGGGUCGGCAGACUUCCCGACCAAGACGCUGCACAUGGCGUGGCACCCGCGGGAGGACGUCCUCGCGUGCGCGGCGUCGAACUCGCUGUACAUCUUCAACGCGUGAAGGAAGGAAGGAAGGAAGGAAGGGGGGGUAGAAAGAAGGGUCCGAUGACGUCGACGUCGCGAGGAACCGAGUUGAUUUUAUUCCAAAAUAAUAAAUCCCAGUCACACGACAACUUACGAUCUCCAUGAUGACCAUAGGUCAUCGAUCACUCCGCCGCCGCCCGGUCGAGAUACCGCACCGCGUCGUUCGCGGCGUGCAGCAGCGCGACCAUCGGGUGCGUCUUCUCUUCGCUCCUCCGCGCGACGUGAUUCUCCGGCAGCGCGCGCCGCUCGUCGCUCGCCCGCAGCGCCGCGGCGGCGCUCUCCGGCGACGCGAAUUCGAUCGCGACCCUCAGCGUCGACGACAAAUUCCGAAUCUGCCGCGGGCACCCCGCGGGAAUCAACGCGGCGUCGCGCUCGCGCUGCGUGAACGUCCACGGCGCGAUCGCGCCCUUGCUCUCCGCGCGCAGAAUCUCCAGAUCGUUCGCGGUGAGGAAGAACACGCCGUCGUGCAGCGGGUGGUGCACCUUCGCGCCGUCCUUCGGGCGAUGCGUCAGAUGCUUCCGCCGCCUUUUAAGAAACGACUCCACCGCCGCCGCGUCUCGUCUGCGAAACACGUGCCACUCCGCGCCCUGACCGACGCGGCUCUUCGUCGUCGCGUCGCACGCGUACGUCAUGACGUCGACGACGUCCGCGCCUGACCCGGCCGUGAGCCUGGUAACGCAGUCGCCCAGGCCGUUUUCUUCCACGCGGCCGUAGGCGACGUGGUGCCUCGGGCGGGACGCCGCGUCGACGGAGACUUUGAGCGCGGCGCCGCCGACGGUUCUUCGCGGCAGAUGCGUCGUCGCGUUCAUCGGACCAUCCUCGGGGUUGGUGUACUCUUGAAACGGCAAACCGCGCGAAAUUAACCUUCGGUGAUGCCGCGGGAGUCGGUCCACGCGUGCCGAGGCGUCAUUUGAGCUCAUUUGAGAGGCGGCGGACGCGUCGACGUCCUUCAGUCGAUACAGCGCGCCGUCGAACGCGGCGGCGUCGACGAAGCCUUUGAAGAAAUCGUGCGUCGUCAUCGCCUCCUCGCGUUCUUUAGAGACGUUCCCGCUCGGCGCGCAGUUCAUGACGGGGACCAUGCGGUCGGAGACGGUGGAACGCCCGCCCGCGGUGACGGCAACGC